AUGGGAAAUAUGAUCAUAGCAAUGGACGGUGCUCGUAUUUCGAGUCAUUGUCUGAUUGACCGGAGCAGAAGUUUAACACCAGUACAGCAUGCAUACAAUACCAUCGGAUUCGAACAAAUUACCGUCGACGGGUUGUAUAGUUUUACUUUAACUGCUGAAAGUAUUGAUGGCUCUUAUUGUGUUGGAACUGGUAGUAAUUUGAUUGUAUUUGUCAAUCCUGCUACUUCCAUUCGAAAAAAAUCAUUGGAAAUUGAUAGUUCCAUCUUGUCGUUUCCAACUCCAAACACAACUGGAGUUCCAGUAGGACAUAUGCCGAUCAUCACGAUCACCGAUCUUAAUCCUUCGGAGACAGUGGUAUCAUUAGCUCAAGGCUAUGUCUAUCAAGGUGGUUUAGAGGGAGAUGCAAUGAUGGGACUCUACUUUGAUGGGCAACAUCUCGGAAAUAAUGCUUCUAUGUGGACGGUAAAUGAUAUUUUUCGUGGAGCGGAACUUGUUGCGCCUAUGUAUACACAUGGCUUCGCAUCGGGAGUGAGAACAAUAUCUUUUGAUGCGUCAGCACUGCCAUGA